CAUGCAAGUAACCUUGAAAGCUUCAAGGUUUAGUUCACUAUCUGGCUGCCUUCGCAGUCAAUCGGCGUGGAAAUAUUCGCCUAUAUCCGCAGAUGUGACCACCGUGUUCGGAUUAUCGAAAAGAGACGAGAGAGGGAGAACCAAGUCUAGGUUCUAUUCGCGAUAACUAUGGCUACGGAAAAGAUGUCGGAUGUCCCUGCGCAAGUCCCCGAAGACGCCAAUCAUCCGGUGAAACUGCCAGCUAUACCAAAAGGAGCCACUGUCCGAAGACGUCCCAUCCCAACUCGCACCCCCUCGACGCGUGCCUCUAAGCGCAUCUAUAUCACACCCAAGACGCCCUUUCGGUCUAUCACUGCGCGCGUACGUAAGCAGCUCGAUAAGAAUCUACGCGAGGCCUCAUCUGCAAGCAAUGCAUUCACAAAUAAGUUAGCUGCGAACAAGGGCGCGUCACUAGACGAACGAGUCCGCGCUAUACAGCGGCAUUCUUCACAGUCUGCAAAAGGCAGCGGCAACACUGGGGGGACGACGGGUCUCGAGAAUGCAGGCGAGGUCGUGGUCCUAGGUACUGGGCGUGCUAUCCAGAAGGUCGUUGAGGUCGCCCUGUUUUUUCAGAAGCAGAAUGAUUGCAUCGUACAGAUGAAGACGGGGAGUGUUGGCGCGGUCGACGAUGUGAUUCAGGAAGGAGAUGAGGAGUGGGGUGGUGAGGGAGAGGAGAGAGUUAGGAUGAUGAGUUCGUUGGAGGCGUCUAUUAGGCUUAGGUGAUGUAUUCACUGGUCUCCAAGGCUUAUAUUUUAUUGUUGGGUCCUUACAUGAGGAUAGAUGGAUCAGCCUAGGAUCUCCGCAUACAUAUCACUUCCGCCCCUAUCGACAUCCACUCCGCCUAUCACUAGUCGGUCAUUACAUGGUGGAAAUGGACGACAUAUCAAAAAUCACCAUGAAUACUCCUA